UACGCACUGGCACAGCGACGCUAUAUACUGUACGAUGCACACAAACAUGGCGGCCUCUGUUUCUCCGCUACGCUCCUCCUUUAGGAUUUGUAACGGUUUCGCAUUACACCAUCACUGCUGCCGAGGCAAACUACGGGUUCACAGAAAAUACGAAAAUCAGAGAAGGCAUUUACACCAAACCGUUACAAGACAUGUGGCUGUGGUGAUUUCAGGGACAGAGAUGGCUCGCCAACUUCACAGGGAGAUCCAGCGCGACGUGGAAGAGCUGGUCACCCAGGGCAACAUGAGGCCCCACCUGGGGGUUAUCCUAGUGGGUGACGACCCUGCCAGUCGAACCUAUGUGAAGAACAAGACCCGGGCCGCCAGCAUACUGGGUAUCUCCAGCGACACGGUGGUGCGGCCGGGCACGGUGUCCCAGAAGGAGCUUCUGGGGCUCAUCGACCAGAUGAACCGCGACUGGAGGGUCAGCGGGUUGCUAGUGCAGCUGCCUCUCCCAGCCCACAUCGAUGAGCGCGCGGUGUGCAACGCCAUCGCCCCGGAGAAGGACGUGGACGGCUUCCACAUCGUCAACAUCGGCAAGCUGUGCCUGGACCAGCGGUCCAUGAUCCCUGCCACCCCAGCCGCCGUCUGGGAGAUCAUCAGACGGGCAGGUAUAGAAACAGCGGGAAAGAAUGUUGUCGUUGCCGGGCGAUCCAAAAAUGUCGGCAUGCCCAUCGCCAUGUUGCUGCACACCGACCGAUACCAUGAACGACCAGGCGGUGAUGCCACGGUAACCAUUGCCCACAGAUGUACGCCCAGGGAGCGGCUGAAGGAACUGACUGGCUUGGCCGACAUCGUCAUAGCAGCCGCGGGCAUCCCUGGUCUCAUCACGGCAGACAUGGUCAAAGACGGCGCAGCGGUCAUCGAUGUCGGCAUAAACCGUGUCCGGGACCCGAAGACGGGCAAGAUGAGACUCAUUGGCGAUGUGGACUUUGAGGCUGUGAAGGAGAAGGCGGCCUUCAUCACCCCUGUUCCGGGGGGAGUGGGGCCCAUGACGGUCGCCAUGCUGAUGAAGAACACUGUGAUGGCGGCACGCAACGCACUCACACAUUGAUGUCGCGUGCACGCCAACACGCACACACACACACACACACACACACACACACACAUAGAUAUGUACAGACUUAGUAGAUGUAUUCAUACAUAGAUAGCUACAUAUACAGAAAUAUACAUAGAUUGAUAGAUGAAUAUACACAUAUAUACAUACAUACAUAGAUAAAUGCAUGUAUAGCUAGAAAGAUGCAUAUGAAUACAUGCAUACAUACAUAUACAGACACACGUGUGACGCCCAUUAGGCGGCGUCACACACACACACACACACACACACACACACACAAACAUCCACACAGAGUGCAUACAUAUUAUAACCCGCAAAAAAGCAUGGACACGCUAGUACACAAUACACACAUUUAUUUAAAGACACCAAGAGCCCACAACUCCAUACCUCCUGGGAAUACCUCCUUACCUCCUUUGAUAUGUGCUUUGUUUCUAUAGAUAAUUUCUUAUUUUAUUAAUUUAUUGCUUUAGUUAUUGAGUUAUUUAUUUACUUAUUACGACGAUCACUUUUGAGGUUUUCAAUUGUUUUUCUACCAAAACCGGUCACUAUUUCUGGACUAUUCCAGAUAGACCGGCCUUGUUCAGAUUCUUUGCGAUUAAACAGCUUUAUUUAA